GGUCCAAUUUAUUCGUUAAAAUUUAACAAUAGGAUAUUUAAGUGUACUUAUGAAGCAUCGAGAGGCGCUACAUCAAAUAAGGAUAUUUUUUUUUUUCUAUUAGGCGUUCGCGUGCUCCCGUUCCCAUGGCAACUUGCAUUAUGACGUCACCGAAGGGGCGGCUACCAUCAUCAUGGCUGGUUGCGUUAUGCAGGCGACGCAGUGAUCUCCAGCCUCUUGGUUUAUGCUCUGGCGUUAAGAGUCGAAGGUGUUGUUUUACCAAGAGUGUUGAAUUCGGGCUCAAACCUGGAGCCGACACACCCCGAAAAAAUGUCCGCACCCCAAGUCCCUUACCCCCACCAGGCCCCGUACCCUCCCCCUCAGCCAUCAUUUCCCCAGAUGCCCUAUGACCCCCCGCCACCGUACAAUCCGCAAGCUGGCAAUGAUGGAUACCCGCAGCCAGGAUGGAUAUCAUCGGCCUCGGCACCGCAGCAGCCUCCACCUCAACCACAGCAGCCGCAGGCUACAGUUUUUAACCCAGCCGCUCAGGGUUACGUCAAGCAGGGGUCAACCUAUGUGCCCACCGGUCAGCCUGGCAUGGUGCCACCAGCAGGGUACUACCCGUCGGGUGGUCAGCCAGUGCUCCCUGGUGGCGGCUACUACAACAGUAGCACACAGCAACCCAUGCCUGGAGGCUACUACCCCGGACAACCUGCUCCACCUCCAGGUGGCACUCAGGGAUACUAUGGUGCAACGGGUUACCCUGGGGCCAACACAGUUGUCGUCCGCGAGCAGACCCAGGAGACGAGUCGCAUGGAUGACCUGGCGAAGUGCUGCCUCGGUACGUGCUGCCUGACGUGGUUCUGCUGUUGGCUGACGGACUAAUCGGCAACCGAGCCCCCGACCGACUCGACUCUCGGUCAACCAAAUCCACUGCAGCAAACGUGCCAUCCAUGCAUGCCAUCACCACCAUUUUUUAAUGGCUGCUGUCUCUAAAUGCGCCCACAUCCACCGCCCAGUUUAUUUUUUUUUUCCCGAGUCAACUGCUAUAAAUUCCUCUCCAUCACAGCAGGUAUUAGCCAUAAGCUCCUGCUGUGCUUACCGAAGAGCUACUUGGUUGUAUUACACUAUCCAUGAGCGGUUUUCCAUGUUCUACUCUAGGUAGGCACUAAUAACUUGUAUAAGUACACAACAGAGCUUGUUUAUAUAUUUUGUUACAAUAUCUCUACGUAUACACUUUUAGACUUUCCCCCAGAAAGUUGGGAUUUACUUAAAGAUCUUGGGUCCCAUGCAUUGCCGGGUGGCGAAGAAGUGUUCGUUUAACUCUUCGAUAGUCAUUGAAUUCAGUAUUAAUAUUUCUCUAAAAAAAAGAAAAAAAGGCAGUCCUCUGUAAACACAUUCUGUAUCGUCAGCAUGCUGGCACGAGUGAAUUUGUAUGCCGGGUUCAUUUGCAACCUGCAAAGGAUUGCUGCUGGCCAUUUGGUUUUGCAGAAACAAGUGCCCAUUAGCCUGGAAAAAUGGUGAUAGGGGUUCAUUUCUGUUCUUAUAUCGUGCUUUGUGUAUAGAAGUAUUCCUAUUUGCGACGACUAAUAUAUACAUAUAUAAAAAUCUUGCUUUUUGCGAGUUGGUCUCGACUUCGUGUCGUCAUUUUGGCAAUGAAAUUCGGUUACCCCUUACAACACCUGGGGCUCGACGGUGGCUUACUCAGUUUUUUGUUGAUGUUUGUAAGAUUCUACAGUCUAUGUGAUACAAACCUCUAUACAGAAAAAAAAAAUUCCCAUUCCACCACGCAUGCAUUACAGGUGUCUAGUAAUAAUGUCCCCCUCUUGUAGACCAUUCCCAUUUCUUGCCUGCGACACACUGCUAGCAAGUGCGUUAAAAAAAAGCGCUUAAGUAGGUAUAUUAUACACAGACUGUUGGUGUAGAUUGUGUUUAAGAUAACAGAGUUCAUGUUUUGUCUACCAUGUCUUUCGAGGCAUGGCAUAGACUGGAAUGGUGGACUGUUGAAUCUCCAGAGACAGCGAUACAGGAAAGUUUCCAUGCAGCACUAAAUGCAGGGCCAAUGUUGCGCCAACAUAAUCCUUUUAGAGGCCAACAAUGCCUACAUAGGGCCAUCAUUGUCCAUUAAAAUGCCAAUAUGACCCAUGUUGCACCAAUACUGGCCCAGCUCUGUGCUGCUUAGGUGUGUGAUGGAUUGUUGACAAUUUGUGUUGUCACUGCGUUGGAAAGCUUUAAUGUUUAUUACCUCAUUGAGGGUUGUUUACAGAGUUGUUUCUCUGUUGUCCCUUGUCAGAACUAUUAAGCAUGGUUAACUUUGUCACAAAAAAGGGAAGGCAGUGUAUGAUUGUUGUUGCCGUUGUCUUCAAGGAUUGGAGUUUAAAUGCAUUCUGCCAAUUUUGCUACCAAACGGUACCUUCUCUCUCGGCUCACAACUAUAGACCUAUUAACUUAAUAAAACAUGCAGCAUGUUUGCAAGAUGCACAGAUGAUUGUAAGUGUUGCCUAAAUGCCUGCUCAAUUUAAUUGAAUGCAAAAAAAAAAUGCCUUGAGAGGGGCACGUGGAUGCUUCACAAUUAAAUCUGCGGCAAUAUGUCCAUGAAAAUGCACAUUAAGUUAUUACAGAAAGACUUAGCAAUCCAGGAAAUGCCUGCACGAGUGUUUGUAGGGAGCACUUGGAAUUGUGCAAAAUUUUCCACCACGUAAAGCACAAUCUCUUGCUUCUGCAUCAAAACUGCACACAAUUAAUAAAAAUUGGACAAGUGGCAUUUACGCAACACAAUUGUAGGCUUGAUGCUAUCUGAUAAGGCAAAAGGAUUCUGUGUUCAUCGUAUGCCACAGGGAACAAUAAACAUGUUUGUUGCAUGCUCAGAGAAGGCUCAUCAUUUUAUGGUAACCGACACUUGUUUGAAGUACGACAAACGUUCCGAAGUAGCACUUAAACACUGAAAGGAUAGCAACAUUUUUUUUCCCAUCUGCAUGCUGUUCAGAUCACAAAGGUUGCAUUCUCAUCAGAGAUGUGCAAUCAUGCGAAGGACACAAGCAUUCUACAAACCUUACAUUCAUAGAACAGCAAAAGCAUUUUUGUCUUUUCUUUCCGAAAUUAUAGUGGGCUGGACUAACAUAAACGUCCAUGUACAGCUUAAAUAUCGAACUUGGCAGUAGAAUGUGGUAGCUUUUGUGGUGGAUUUGUCUACAUAGUCUGCAGCACACGCAAAAAAUGUCGCAUACCCCACUGCAGCUACAGCCUACCGAACUUUCAAAACAAGUGUGCAAAUUUCAGAAUUGGUAAUUAUACGAUUGGUAACCAACACUCGCCGUGUGUAAUUUUUAUAUUGCAAUAUUCUUUUCAAAUGUGAAAAUCAUCGAAUGGUAGAAACUAGAAGCACAGGGAUACUAAUUAUUCGUACGUAAUGUAUCUGUGACAAAAAGCUUUGUGAACGUUGAAUUCAGCAUUCGUUGAAAAGCCAUACAGGCAGUGCAUGCAGACAGUGCCACAUUCUCCCCCUAGUGUUUAGUACGAAAACUGGUGUCAACAAUGAGCAUGGCAAAGAAUGUUGUUCCUGCACAAACCAAAGAAAAUUGCUAGUUCUUGAAACCAUACUGCCUCACUGUUUCUUUUUCACUGCAAGUUAUCUUGCAAAAACGAAAGAAGCUUUAGCUGAAUUUAAUGAUCAUCCACUUUAAUACAUUUCUUUUUCUCGCACGGAAAAUAUGACAUCAGUUCCACUGGAGGAAGAUGUUUGGUUCUAAUACUCAUACUGCUGCAAUUCCUUUAAACAUAUCCGCUCUGGCAAGCGUACCAAUUUUCACCUGGACCUAAGCAAAUGCACAUCAACCAGACCAAACAUUUUGCAGUCCCACGUUUUCUGUCCACAUUAGAACUUUUGCUUUACAGAACACACUAAGUUACAAAUCAUUCUGGCAUGAAAGUAUUUUUCGCAUUAUUUACGGCUAGGUAACGAAUUCAAAUGAAAAUCACCACAAGCACACUAUAUCCAUUUACCCUGAACAUGCCAAAAAUGUGUAGGUUCUAUGCAUUCACAAAUACUCAGGAGUCGGGUUCUGCACUAACGCUACAUAACUUUCCACCAAGCUUACCUGCACAGUGGUUGGAAAUUGGAAGAGCUCCAAAAGAGGAUGGUCCCUAGCAACCUAUAUAUUGUGCCCAGAUGCAGAACAAAGGCCUUCAAGAAGGCCUUUGUUCCACAAUUGCACAAGUGACAUUAAUUUGCAUGGAUCAGAGCCUCCGGUCUUUGCUGUACAUUACUGUGUGCAAGGUAGGUUUAAUUUCUGCAUGCUGUUCUGGUUUUCCAUUCUUUUUACGCUAAAUUUCCUCAAACAUUUUUGUGAAUAGCAUUGAAAGUCUGAGAGAGGCCUUGAUUAGUUAUUCAACCAUGAAGUAAAAUGAACUUUUUCCUUGGAACAUCCAGGUCAAGUUAAGUCUAUUACACUGCACUAUUGUUCAAGAUGCAUUUUUAAGACCAGUUUGUUUUGCAUCUUUGGACAGUCUGUCCAAAGUUUUGCUCGCACAUCUUUACUGGAGACUAAAUAGCCUUUCAAAUGGUUUCCAUGGUUAGCAAGUGAAAAUAAAAUAUUGAAUGAAACAUUUGGGUUAAUGCGCAAAGUCACUGUGAUGAGCCUUCUGCAUUACAAACAUUUCAACUCUUAUUUGGGUUUUUUUAUGCCUUCAGACUAUGUUCUUCAGUAAAACACUUUUAUGAACACUAAUAGGGUUUCAAGGGUUUCAGAUAAGCUAUUGUAAAAAAAAAAAUUUAUUGCGAAGUGAAAUAACUCUUUGCUAGAGAAGUAUUUGGGUCACAGCACGAGGUCCCUUCUGUCUAGUGCUGGAUAUGAAGGGUUCAAUAUUUUAAGUCUUUCAAUCGCAUCGACUUAAUUUUUGCUGAAGCACCUUUAAAGUAAUUAGCCGUUGACAAACCUUGUAAGUUGAUGGAUUGUCAAGGUCUUAAGAAGCAAGGCCUUUGUUCCACAGCCCAUGGUGUUCGAAAUACAGUUAAAUAUUCGUUUUCUAGAAACAUAUGCGUCAAACUAGAAAAAGACAGGCACAGCAGUUGUUUUUUUUUUCACGAACGGAAAAAAGUUCUUUUUUUAUUUUUUUCCACCUCUUUCAUUCACAUGGGGGGAGGACUUUUAAAGUCCAGACUCCAAAGCGGGGACGGGAAACGCUUGGUUGCUCCGUCCCCCCUAUUGAAAUAUAUUUACACAGUGCCCCGAGGCGAGAUCUGCAAAAACCUUGUGUUCCCUUGACAACCCCUGGUGAACCACGGCCCCUCGGAUAUUUUUUUUUUUAAGACCCCAGGCAACACCCCACCUCUCUCAAAACACCCGUGUAUAUAUUUUUUUUAUUUUUUUUGGCUCGGUUGACAACCCCCUCCGAAAAUCACCCUUUCCCACCUACACCUUUAUUAUCAUUUUUUUUUUGUGCUCCUAUAAUAACAGCGUUCGACCACCUCUUUCCUUGCCUGUUCAAACCUUCUAAGUGCUGAAGCAAUAGGCGAUGAGCUCGGCAGGCGAGUCUGGCUUCCAAAUAGUUGUCGGAAGCCUAUACACCAAGUGUGUGUACACCUCGCUGAAAUUGCAGCCACAGUUGCAUGGCAGUAACCCAAAUUUUGUCUAUCCUUUUUCACUACCCCGACAAUUUUCUUUUUAACAGCUGUUUUAUGUACAUUUGUUCGUUGAUGCUCGGGAGUUUUCAAAGAGCACGAAUCUGAAUGUGUUGAUGAAAUUUCAUUGAUGACAAAUACAAUUUUGUUCUAUUCUU